AUGAAGAGAAUUCAGACAUCCGUGAGUGAUCAGACAGCCAUGAAAAAGGGUACGGACAUGUCUGAAAAGAUGCAGCAACAUGCUGUGGAGUGUGCCAUUUUGGCCAUAGAGAAAUACGAUGUUGAAAGAGGAUUUUCAGGCCUUAUAAAGAGAUAGCUUGAGAAGAAAGAGAGUCCCACUUGGCACUGCAUUGUAGGAAGGAAAUUCGGCAGCUAUAUGUCUCAUGAGGCCAAGCACUUCAUUUUCUUCCUCAUGCUUGGAGUAAAUAUUCUUCUGUUUAAAGCUGGCUAG